AUGGUCAGUAAGCAGAAAGUGCGGCAACGCAUUCAAGCUAGAGUAGAUGCAAAGACAAAGACAGUAGCGGCAACGCAGAAAGCACAGAAGAUAACAGUGCAGCAAAGUCAAGCGUUGGCCCAGACUUUCGUGCACGCCUCGUUUAGUGCCAUCGCGUGGAUGAGGGAUCUGGUGCCCUCAAAAUGCUUCGUCCGCAAAUCCGAGGAUGAUUAUCUUAAGCUCCAGGGCUAUAAAGAUUUCAUGGAAACUGCGCAAGCUUUGGCAAGUGAAGGUGGCCAAGAUCCUCAACGUGGAGGCUACGACACCAUUGUUCGUGGGAAGGAUGAGGUUGCAGAUGCCUUGCUCGACCAACUUCAGCUGGGUGCCUUCUACGCGCUAGACCAAAAGAUACUCAGGGCCAUUGUCUUGACGGUAGGGGUAGAAAAAGAUCAUCCUGAGCGCAUUCUAGAAGCUUACACCUAUACGUUCACGUAUCGAACAAGCCCGCAAGGCACAAUGGAGCUAGAUGACAUCGCCUUCAGCGGGACUUCGGAGAUUGUCACGUUCAAAGAAACGAAGCACGCACUUACAACCUUGAUACGCAACGUGUAUAUGGCUUGCAAGCAUAGGCCUAUGCUUCCGGACGACGCUUACCUCACCACUCGUCUGAUCUUCAAUGAAGACUAUGACAGAAACAUUCGAGUACCUGGCUUUCGUACAGAUAAGUGUGAUCAACUCGGCUUGGGGUGUGCCGAUGGUUGGGUUCGUAAGAAUUCAGAAGCAGCUCUACUUGACGCGAAUUAUCACGGGGUAUCACUGGGAAUUUCACGCCUGGAGCCUCUUCCCCAAUCCGGUGUUGUCGACCACUCAGACACAGCACUCCCAGCGUGUAGAGAUCUAUUAUAUGAGAAUAUUUCUGCCGCUGGAACAAUAGACCGCUGCCUCGAUCAGCGCCUUGAUCAGCGGCGACAGUUGCAUACAACCGGGUCAAAUGCUCCAAAUCUCAGAAGUAGUCUCGGAAAGAACUCGAAAACACUUCACGAUAUGCAAGACAACGGGAACCAUGAUACUGCAAACGCGAUCAGUCAAACAUAUUCGCAGGCCUCCACGCAAACGCGGGAAGAUAUGGCAACCAGGGAGCAGCUGAAUGGCGUGAUAAACGCACCACCAGUGAAACCAAAUAGCGGGGAUACUCAGCUCUUAGGAGAUUUGAUACCGAAAACAGAGCUAGAUGCCUCCACUUUGAGGAUUAUGGCAAUAGAGUUCGACCCUGUCAGGCUCGCUGAGCUGGCACGUUCUGGUGGCGAAAGGUCCUCGAAAGUCAUUCCUCGAGUCCGCUGUGAGUGUGGUAUUGACGCACGGGAUGGCGAUAUGCGUACAUGUUGUUUUUGUGGCACUGACCAGCACAUUAGCUGUUACGGCUAUCUGGGCAACGAUGAUCAUAGAACUCCAACGUCACAUGUGUGCUACACUUGUCUUCUGGAUGAGGAAGCGGCGUUACUCGAGGAAAUCAAGGAUCUUGCGAUUCAACGCAAGAUAGCUAGCACCUUAAUAUCUAGAAACUGCAAGACUGAGCGUCAGGUUGCGGAGGUUACUCAAUCUGGUAUGCAAACAGCCAAAGCCAUCAUUGAGCAAUUGGUCAAAGCUGGCUACUUUGUUCGUUCGAAAAAACAUGGACGGUCCCGCCUCGAAGUCGCCGAUGGCAAACGCGAUGCUCUCAUGCAGAAUCUUUUCGACCCGGCCGCUAAGAUCACCCAUCACCUGAAAAUUCCUCCGGUACUGGAGAUGCCCAACCCCGGAUUGAGCACACAGUUCCUUGAUCCUCCAACUUCGUCCGCUGUGCUUGGUUCAAACCUUCGGGCCAGCAAGGGUUAUACUUCGAAGAAGGGUAAAAACCCCGAGAAGUCAAGAAGUGCAAACAGAAAUACAAAUUGCCGCACCAAACAUUUGAAUGCUGCCCUGGAUCUACCCGAAGAUCAGUCUCCGCUGCAGGCCAAUUCAGGCAUGUCAUUGUACCCAAAUACACCUGUGAACUUAUGUCGUAAGCGCCGUGCAAGCGUCUCAAACUUUACGGACGAAACACCGUUCGGAAAGCGUACAAAUAUUGUGAUAGGUGCUACACUAGCUCUUGGCCGAGUUGAUCCCUUCUCUAGCAGCGCAGAAACGGACGAAGAAAUGUAAAGAUCAUGUGGCAGAAAACUUUCAUGUUGGCUCAAAAUAGACUUGCUUUCUUUGAUUUAUGGCCCUAAAUCCCAAUGCCAGACUGUUUUAAAUUGCGGAUGGUAAGGUCGAGCCAAAGGAAAAAAGAGAUAAAUUUGCAGAUGAUGGUCCGCUUUGUAAGGCUGAUUUGUGUGAACAAUCUUUGUGAUCUGUACAAUUGAG